AUGAGUGUGUUACUCUUAUAGAUAACUUGUCCUGGAGUGCUGCUGAAAGACAAAGAGGAACUUUAUCUCAGUGUCUUUGUACUUGGGCAGUGUAAAAAAACUCAGUGUGUCCCUGCGGUGUUUCCACUCUUCUUUCAAGAAAAACUAGUAUUUGAAAAGGAAUUUGCUAAUACAGUUGAUCCUGGAGACCUUGUGAAGUUACUGGAAUUUGACACAGCAGUACUUGAACUAAUACAGCUCGUUCCUCCAGUAGGAAGAAUUCUAGCUACGUAUGAAGAAAAUACAAGAGAUUUCCUGUUCCCUGACCCUAAGCUUACCCGUGGGCACCGUGGUUUAGAGCGUGAGAUUUUAAUGAAGAGGUCCUCUUCUUUUACAGGAAUUGCACCAAAACUGAGAUUUUCUACAAUCUCCCUUAUUGCAGAAAGUCUGUUAAGCUCAGGAAGGAGUCACAUACAGGCUGGUCUGAAUGGGGUACAUCGUUCAACCCCAAAUGGAAAAUUGCACACAAAGGUGCUGAAGAAAAACACUCUCUCACCCGAGAAAAGCAGGCACCGCUUGGCAUCAAAGAACUACGAGCAGCCCACGAUAGCUUCGAAAUCACGCUCUCCGUCCCCGUACACCAAGAGACGGAUGUGUGAACUCUCAGAAGAAGCCAGGCAGCGCCUGGCCCAUUUAAACCUGGGUCCUCACGAGUUCAGAAGAGAAACCGAUAAACCUCCGUUCGUAGUUAGACGGGUUGAACAAAGAAGUCCUGGUGUUAAACUUCAUACCUGGUGUUCCAUGCGAGAAAGCGCAGCGGGAUCCUGGGCCAAGGCAGACCAUGAUCCUUCUCUUCUCAGCAGCUACAGACCCAAGAAAACUGAAGCAAAAUCUGCUCGUAGAAAAGACUUGGACGGUUGUGUUGUUUGCAAUGAGGAUGAGCUCUCAGGUCCACCCAACAGACAGUCCCAUUCUGCUGGUUCAUUAGAGCGUUCAGCACCUCCUGCAUUUCAGGAGCAUUCCCCCAGUUCUGUGCUGCAUCGGUCUUCUCUAAGGGAAAGGUUUAGCUCUGGUUGGCCUUCACCAGCAAAUGGAAAUGAGAUCCAUAAAAGAGUGAAAAAUAUUUUAAGGACACACAGUGCUAGGCAGCGCCUAAUAUUUGAUGAGAGUAACUCAUCAAAAGGAGACGUGACUAAGACAAGAGAAUCUUCACAUAAUGCACCCUUAUCCAUGAGUGAACUGCAGAGCAGUUCACCAGUGCAGCAGAACGCUCCUGUUCACUUGGAUAAUGGUGAAUACUGGUCCAGUCGUGCAGCUGUGCACAAAGAGAAGCCUCACAGAGCGAUCUUUGAAGAGAGCCUCGGAAAAAUAUACAAAAACAUGUACCAAAAAGUUGCUGGCACUGUUUCAGACCAAAAAACACAUUCCUGAUAGCAACUCACCUGAAAAUGCACAGUACACAGUGUUCACAUUUGUAACUAAACCUAUUUUUAUAUAAGAAUAUUUUUACUCUAUUUUUAAGGUGCCAUUAUGGUUGGGCAUACGGUUGGAAAAAUGGGGUUUUGGCCUGUGUUGACAUUAACAUCCACCCCCCAAAACAAAGGAACAAAAAAUCAAGCCCCUCCAUGGUUAAGCAAGAUGGUAUUGUUCCUUUGAGACUAUGAAAAUAGAGUCAUUUGAAGAUUAAUAGGUCUGCUGGACAUUCCUGUCUGACAUCAACUCAGGUUUCAGCUGCAACCAGUUCUUAUUAAAUAACUAAAACUACUUAGUAACAUAAACAGAAUUGAUUGAAGAAACAACCAAUGCUAGUGGUCAGAGAGGGGGUCUAAAGGGGAGGGUGAAUGUGAGUGGUGUUUUAAAAGCGACCCAUGUGGGACAAAGGGAAUUGUUUUCUAGAAGAUUGCCUUUGAAUUGUUUAUUUUGGAGAAGGGCAGAAACGCUGGUACUGUAGGACCUAAAGGUUUUUGAAGUGGUUUCAAGCACCUUUAGCAACAAAUAUUCUAAUACUGUGAAAUUUUAAAAGAAACCCACCCAGCCCAGCAGUCUUUGUAUCAGAUGAAAGGUCAUCUUCACACACCCUUUGCAUUUGAAAGUUUCCAGGUUCUCCUGAAUGCAGCCGUGACAUUUGCCAAUUUACCUGUAAUUUUAAAAAUUAUGAAUAACAAAGGAGUGUGCAGGGGGAAAGACCAGAGCUAGUGAGCAAGCUACUUGUGUUCUGUACAGGCCUUCUGAAAUUCCUGCAUCACAAUCCCACCUAAUUUGGAGCCUGUCCUUCCCAGUCUGCUGGGAUCCUGUUGGCAGAAAUCGCUUCGUUUUUGCUAAAGGCCACCAAAUGUUCAUCAGCAGUUCGAUGCUUUCCCCGGGGAUGGAACCUUUUCAGCCUUGCAUUGAGCAGAUCCCACAUUAGCAGACCAGGGCAAAUUGCCCAUCUCUUGAAAAGCAGAAUGUUUUAAAAGGGCAAGAGUGUCCAUCUCCCGCUUCCUUUCAGAAUGGGGGAAAAAACAAAUGCCUGUUCUGGCUCCUUCCCUGCCUGAGCGAACAGAUUCAGUUUCUCCGAUGCCAUUUUACCUGUUUGAUUGGAUAAAGGAUAAAGCUGGGAGUACAGAUGGCAGAACAUAUGACUGUAACCUGCCAGCAUGCCUAGAUAAACAAAAAGUUGGUCUACUCUGCCUUCUAUCCUUUAAUGCUGAGACAACAUAAUUGAUUUGAGAAAGCAGUUGGUGAGCAAUUAUGCUGGUGGGAAGGCACGUUGAAAGGCUGUGUGCUUCUGUUUCAGGAAAGGGGACUCUCAGAGGAAGUGUCUCACAUAUAGACAUUUCUAUUCCUUGUAACUGUUAAAGCAGUUGAAGUGGAUUAACACUGAUAACUUCCUGUCCCUGAUGCCAUCUAGCACAUUAGUGCCUUCAAAGGGCAUUAGUUGCACAGUCUUAUGCUGUGGAGAAGUGUGGAGUCAUUCUAUGAAGUGAAAAGUAAAACUUCCCCAAGCUGUGCCCCUGGUGGCCAUGGAGUGUUGUUCUACCAGUACCUGGUGUUCAUGGGCCUAUUCCUGUGAUCCCCUAUUGGUCCAUAAAGGACUAGUUUUCUUGCUGUUCAGGAAAGGUAUAUUGAAAUGGAUCCUAAACAGGUAGGGUAGAUUCUGAGAGAUACUUUCCAAGCUUUCGGUUUAAAAGUAAUCUAUUAAAAUCUAAAGGUUGUUGCAGUUUCCUGUUUGUGUUUGAGCUGCAAUAUUCAGUGUUAUUCUUAUGGUAUCCUGCAGUUUGAUUCAAUAUUCUCUGUGUAUUCCCUUCCCAGUCUCACAGUCAAGUAGAAGUUACAGUCUUCUGAAGAUUGGCUGCUCCCCUUUGGCCUAAUCUAGUUCUGUGACAUAGAAAACCUGUUAGAUUUUUCCUUCCCCAGUAAUCCAUCAGAUUUUAGUCUCUGUUUGUUUGAUGUGCAAGAAAACCUGAAUGCUGAAGCUUUGUUUUGGGGUUUUUUUUUGUAUGGAUGGGGUUUUUUUUGGAAGGACAGAGGUUGCCAUGAAUUCGAGACAUAAGGAGGAGAUGAGGAAGGUUGGAGGCCACUGUGAAAAAGCAGAGUUGUGUUCUCAGGGGGUCCAUAGGAGUAUCUGGGGUGUAUCUGUUUAAUUCCCCUAACUAAAGAAAGGGAGCAUAUAGUAAUAUGUCAACUUUCAGUUUUCAUCAAAGAUGAAAACAUUUUCAGCAAAGGUAAAAAAUAGAUGGGAGAAAAUAGUGUCAUCUAUUGAAUUUUGACCAGUAGGAAUAUUCUCAGGGUAGCCUUCUUAUGCAACAUAACAACAAAUGAAGCAGACAGACUCUGUGUUUGGCCCUGGUCCAGCUGUGAGGGGAGAUGGUGUGUAUAAUGUCUCUCUGAAUCAGCUGCUGCAGGAUAUGUUUCUCUCUUGGGUCAGUCAUUCCACAGCUUAUACGCCGUGAUACAGCAAAGAGUGUUCUCUUCCAAGUGCUGUGCUGGAAAUCCAGUUUGGUUGAUGGAAAACUUUUCCCUGAAAUGUGACUUAAGACCCAAAUUACUCCAGUCUGUCCAUAAAAUCUGCAAGCCACUUUGUUUUCAGAAGCACUUGGCCCCUUCCCUGUUUGCUGAGCUAACCCUGCCAUUAAUACACACACGAGCACGGCUGUUCCUGUGCUACUGCAGCAUGUGAUAAGUGAAGGUUCAGGCAGUGAACCAACACAGUAAUAAACUGUAAUUGUUUAGUGCACCUUGCCUUCUAAUACAAUUUAAAUCCCUCCUAUCAAAUGCAAAUUUCUAGGUUCCUAAGUGGAGCUUUAAAUAGCAUUUUCUAUGCUCAUUCCUUAUCUUUUGCCAUCCACAAAGUUGUUAGUGACAGUGGGAUGGCAGAAUUCCACCCCUGUCAUUUUGCGUCCUAAAGGAAAGCUGCCUACUCAAAUCUAGAAAUAAUGGGCUAGAUUAAGAGCGAAUUAGUGUUUUUCUGUAGAGUCUGUGUCUUUCUCUUGCCCUCCCCAAGUUAUAAUAACCCAUGAGCAUUCUCACCAAAUGCUGUUCAGCAUACAGUGAUGCUUGCAGGAUGCAACCAGUGCAAAAUUUUAUCACUGUCAUUUUAGUAAGUCAGACCCUGCUUUCUACUUGUUCCCUUCCAUCCCUCCUGUGACUGACUUGGUAGAGUUUAGGAUCUUGGGGUGGCUUUAGGCAAACGACUUGCCUGCGUUCAGUAGAAAUGCAAAUCCUUUGCUGAGUAACAGUUGCUUUGGAAAUCACUCGGUCAUUGACCUGUUGUGGAUUAAAGACAGAAAUGUCAAACACUUCAAUAAUUUGCCUUAUCUAAGUUUUCAACUUAAGAGAAGCUUAAAUUGGUCCACUGGGGACAAGAGGCAUAGGGAUGGCUGGAGUAGUGGGAACAGCUUUGUAAGAUAGAUGGGAAACAGUGUGUAUACUCCAAUGCUGAGCAGCUUGGGAAGUGACAAGGGCUGUUCUUUAGAUUGUGCAUCACGUUUGAAUUUUACUGUUACUUCAGAUGCUGACAAAAUUGUGGGAGGAGAAAGAAAUCUACCUGUAGGUGUUGGGAAUCUAUUUUUGGGGUAAAAUAACAGAACAUUUAGCUCUGCUCAGUAUUAAAUAGUCUUUUCCAAACUCCCUCUCAUUGUUACCUCAGCUGUAAAAUAGGGAGUUUGUGCUCUGUUGAAGCUUAAUUAAAUGACUGUGAAGUGCUUUGGGAUCCUGAGGUGAAUGUUAAAGAAAUUAUUUUAUGGAAACCUGGCUGAGAAGUCCCAUCUCAUCUCCAGGUUACUAAAAAGGCUUUAUUUUAAUUUUCCCAGGUUUAUUAUGUUUUAAUCAGACAAUUAUUAAACAAGUCUUAAUCAGAUUUAAUAGAUUUCUGUCCUGAUCAGAGGGCCGAAAAAGAUAAUGAACUGCUUUACUACAUGUGCUUUUAGGAGCUAAUCUUUACAGUUGGUAUCUUGCUCAACUUCUGUCUCCUGCAUGAUCUGGCUUCAUAUACUGAUUGCUCUUAUGAUAUGGAGGGGGGGUUAACUAUAAAUUAUUUAUUUCAUCCUGAUAUCUUAGUGCUGUUUGCUACGUGUACUAACCAGCACUAUUAACAUCUCUCUGUUAACAUGAGGGUUUGUUCUCAUCCUCUACCCAGAAACAAGGGAUGCAACGGUGUGAGCAACGUGUCAGUGAAAAAUUUUGUGUGUUGUGCUACAGGUUUGUCAGAGAAAGUAUGUUGGAAGGAAUCUCUGCUUUUUCAGUCUGUAUGCAACGAAUAAAUUAGUAUAUAAUUCUUCUCUUCCUAAUUUUUAAGCUUGAAAUCUUUUCUGAAACAACUGAACUAUGCAACGAAAUUCUCAGCCAUUUAGCAACGGUCACUUACUGUAUAAAUCUGGUAAUGCAGAAUCUCUGGGUCAUAGGAAAGGUCAUGGUGUUAUUACUUCAGUAGUUGUGGGGUGUUCAUUAUCAGGAUGCUGAAAAUAUCUCAAGAGAUUUGUUUAGUAAUCAAGGAAUUUGAGGAAACUUUUGAAUCAAUGAAAUUUAGCCUCUUGGUUCCAGUGAAAGCACUUGAAGCUAAGAGAGAACAGCACUUCUGUGGCUGAUCUUGAUGAGCUACCUCACUGACAGGAGGGAUGUCUGGCUUAAAUGAUGGUCUCUGGUAGCAGCAGAGAACUGGUCUUUGCCCAGUUCCUUUCAGUUUCAACAAAUAAACCAGCAUUGUGAGAAGUGAUUGAGAACACCUGAUAGUCCUGUUUCUAUUACACAGUGAACUAUUAGGCACAAGCCUCCUUGAUUGCAUUGGUUUCUGCUGCUUUCCCCAUGGAAUUCAAAAUAACAUCAACCAAAGCCCGUAAAAGAUGUGGCUGUAGCUCCUUUUAUCAGUGUUGGCUUGCCAAAGACAUGCAGUUUGUUCCCAGUUUGUCUUCAGUGAGAAAUUCUCUGAAGUGUGGUGAUAAUUUGUCUGGAUGGCAACAUAAAGGAACUGUAAUCUUUCUCUUUGCUUGAUCUAUGUGGAGAUUGUGCUUUUUCUUCAUGUGUAUUUCCCUUCAGUUCUGGGUGAUUGCUUCUGACCUAGCAGAGAGAACUCUCUGCAGCCUGAGAAGUGGUGAUCUGAGCCACCUUCUCACCUCUUCAAGGAAAGAAGUUUGCUGUUGCAAAACAUCCCCCCUCUUGGUUCAUAAGAAGGUGUUUGGGUAACCCUGUAGAGCUGAUGCCAUGGAGUGAACAGAGCUUCACAUAGAGUGGGGUGGGAGGCUGAGAGCAGGGGAGAUGCUGAGAGUGUUUGAUGCUUGGUAUGCCAUGAAUUAUGCAUUUCUAUACCAUGAAUUAUCAGUGUAGAAAAUAACCUGUGAAACUCAUGAGUAACAAAAGCACCAUUUACGUCACUGAACGGUGGUGAAUUCUACUGCUUGUAUUUGUGUUGUUACACUGACUUGAAUUUUUGAAUGUUUAGCUAAUUGUGUUGUACUAAGACUAUAGUUGUAGGAACUGUUUCAUUCAGUACUCCAGUAGUAAACACUUGCUAAUAGGUUGCUUUCCCUGCCUGCCUUGUUUUCACCACAGUCAUCUAGUGUUUACAUACAUUUUAGCCUCUGUGCCAUUUAUGAAGGCUUUAUUUGUCUCAUUUAUGUUUUUGGUUUGGAUAAUACUUAAAUAUGAAAUCCAUCUGGGAAACAUAUUGUAUAUUCACGUUGAGGGGUAAAACCAGUUUUUAAUUAAAAUUUUAUACAGC